GAGAUAACCCAUGUUUUUCAUUACAAAUUUUUUCCCAAGAACUCGCCAUUAGUUGGACCGAUUCGUGACUCGUCUAGAUGGGAAGCGUGAAAUAAACAGCUGAUCGAACCGCGGGGCGUAGGCCAUUCGUUACCAAUAACGCUGCAUUGGUGAUUCGCCAUUCUGCAAAUUUUGGCAGAUGACUUUCGUCGAGCAGUUGGCCUUCCCUUUUCAGCAAUGGAAACAGCGGACUACAAGCUCCUGCUCACCUGCCCAUCUGGACUCUCGCCAUCUCAGUUGGCCGUGGUUUUUGAUCGAUCGUACGAUAGAAUCCCCCAUCCGAACGCUGAAUUGGAGGACUCCAUAGGCCAAAUAUGGGAAGACAGAAUUCAGAGCAAUUCAUCUUUAUACAAUGGGAAGAAGUUCCGGUAUGGCGGAUGUAGUCUUCAGGAUGGUGGUGAAGCUAGAGGAGUUUCUCAAGCAUGCCUCCACCUUGGCUCGACAGAUUAUCGGUCUCUUUCCCUCCCUCCUUCCCUCUGUGUGUUAAAUUAUUUUUUGUAAAAAAUUGAACUGACUUAUACGAUAUCAGAUGGUCAAUUAUGUAACAGUUAAACAGCUAUUCAUCCAACUGCAAAAGAUAAACGUUGAAGUCUUUUAGCAUGGAUUGAGCUUUCGCUGUUAUCUGACAUUUGUCGGGACAAACUUGAAUCCUUUGUGGGAAAAUUUCCUUGCACCAUCUGAAGUUGUUUAUGAUCUUGGUGGUUCUCACUGUAGAGGAUGUGAUAAAGUGCCAACAUACAGCAAGUCCACUGGGUAAUGGCGCAAUUGUGGUAACCGCUGACAAUGAAAUUGUUGUGUUGAGAAGAAGUGAUAAUGUUGGAGAAUUUGCGGGACAUUUAGUUUUUCCUGGAGGCCAUCCAGAGCCUGAAAAAGUUGAAGUAGCAUCUAGUCAAAAUGGUCAGGAUCCUGUUGUCACAACUGAGGAACUCAACAAGAAGGUCUCUGAAGAGAUGUUUGACAGUAUUUCUCGUGAAGUAGUUGAAGAAAUUGGAGUACCUGCAACGUCUCUUACAACUCCAGUUUUUAUUGGUCUCUCUCGCAGGAUCUUGAAUGUCAGACCAGCUGCAUUUUUCUAUAUGAAAUGCAACCUGCCAUCCAAGGAAAUCCAUCAACUGUACUCUAGUGCUCUAGAUGGCUACGAGUCAAUCCAACUUCACACGGUCUCACCGGUGAUUUUAGAACACAUGAAAAGUAAAAUGCCUGGCUGUCAUCAAGGUGGAUUUGCGCUUUAUAAGCUGAUGAUUGAAGCUUCGACGAAAGUAUAGCUGAUUUCCCCCACAACAUAAAAGGAACUGUCCUCCUUCUGAUGAUACUGGAAUCCUCAGCUGCGGCAUUCAUUCUGAGUAACAACCCCCUUCAACUUGGUAUCGAAACUGCCACAAAGCUUCAGAACCAGGACUCGCCUUGUAUUCUCUUUUAUGUACGCAUACUUGAACAUGCUAAUGCAGAAGUGUUUGUAGUUUGUUACUGCAAGCAGAGGGCUUUGAAGCCACAUUUUUGUUUAACUCUCCAGUGAAAUGUGAAACUUUAUUCAAAUUUAUAUAAAUUUCAAUUAUACUUGCAACAGUCAAA